UAGAGCUCUUUUGGACUUACUACUGCUGCGCGAAGCCCGCGGCACUGACCACGCGUCGACCUGGAAGCCGUACAGCCCGGAGAGCAUCUCUGACCCGGAGAGCAUCUCGGACCUCAUGGAUGAUGAUGACGUAUCGUCGCUAUCGGAUGGGGAGGCGGAGGCCACCCUCGUGCCCACAGCGCCCGCGCCGGCGCCAGCGAGCGCUGGAACAACUUUAAGUGCUAUGCGCGGGGGAAAGUACUCGAGCUGGCCGAGAUCGGAGGCGCUCGGCGCCGCGCUCGUGAUCGACCGGUGCGGCGGCGGCGAUGUCGACAUCCGCUCGGUGGUCCUGGACUUCCUAGAGAACGGGCUGGUCCUGAGCCACACGUUCGAGUACGGAGAGAUCUCUUUCAAGGCGAACCUCCCCGCCAUGGUGUGCUGGAGCUGUCGGCGGAGAAUCAGUGGUGAUCACGACUGCAAUCUGGAAUUCUUCAGCGACAACGACAUUCCAAGCUGCGACGUAGAAGAAGCUGUGUUGGGAUCUUGUCUCUGUGAUCCUUGGCCCCGAGCUCAUCCGGAGCGGAGCGAGGAGUGCAAACGCGGGUACGCGCGCCUCGUCCCCGAGCUCGUCCGCGCGACGGGCCUCUGGCGCGAGCACGCCGCGGCUUCGGAGGCGAACCAAGACCCAGAGUGGCCUGAACCGGACAGACACCUUGCUUCGAAUAGCCACUGCGAUUUUUUCGACGUGAUCGGCGAGCUGCAUCCGCCGUCGCUCAGGGCGAUGGAGGCGGCCGGCUGGUACCUCAGCCAUAAUCAAUGGCGCUGCGAAACAACUUUAACCUAUGCUGCCUUUCUCAAGCCCUUCGGCGGGGCGGCCGCGGCACAGGCGGCAGCGAGGGCCGCAUCCGCCAACGCGGCGGCCGAGGCUGUGGCGCGGGCCCGGGACGCUGAGUCCGCCGCCGCCGCCGCGCUGGUCACGCCGCCGCGGGCGCAUGGUUACGCCACCGCGGGCGGUGCGGUCACUGGCCGCGUCCUCGAGUUCUUCUUUGGCGACACAGCGUAGGGGAGUGAAGCUUGUGUAAGAAAGAUGUCUGCG